CUUUGUCGGGCGAUGAGGGCGGGUUUGGCGGUAGCGCUUGUGCUGGCACUGGCGCCAUGGCGGACGAGCACGUUCGAGAUGGAGUGGAGCGAAGAUGCUCUGAGUCUCUUCCACCAGCGCCACCGGCUCAGCCAGCCUGAGCUGGAGGUGGAUCCCCGCGUGCAGGCUCGGAUGGACAAGUACAUGAUCGAGGGCAUGAACGAUGUGAUCGGAUGGUUCGACCUGCAGGCUCUGCUCGUCCUCCGAGUCCUUUCGGCGCAUCAGAUCAAGAAAGGGGUGGAAGGAGGUGUGGCGGAGAUAGGAGUCCACCACGGCAAGACCUUCACGGCCCUGAGCCUCAUGAACUUGGACGCUGGGAGGCAAGGAGGACGAGCUGUCGCGAUCGACGUCUUCGAGGAGCAGGAUCUCAACGUGGAUGGAUCGGGAGAAGGCGACCGGCAGGAGCUCUUGCGAACGCUGGAAAGAUGGUGCGGGGAUGUCUGCGUGACACCAGACAAGCUCGCCAUCCUACAAACCGACUCGAUGAUCCUGCAGCCUGAGCAGGUGCUGCAAGCGAACGACAAAAAGAAGCUGCGGAUCUUCUCGAUCGACGGCUCCCACACGGCUGAGGCCACAUACAACGACCUGUCAAUCGCGGCUCGCGUGCUCGCACAGGACGGCAUCAUUAUGGUGGACGACUUCUUUGCUGAGGGGUGGCCCGGCGUCUCCGAGGGAGUCAUGAGGUUCUACUACAACCAGUCGAGCCUCGACGAAGCCCCGCUUGUGCCCUUCUUCGUGGGGUUCAACAAGGUCGGCCUCCUCCUCGAUGGCCGUGCUGUUGGUGAGGACCUUGCUAGGUUCUGUUCGCGCGGGAGGAGGUCGCGAGCGAGUACAUCGACAAGCUGUGAGAGGAAGGAUCCUGCCAGCUUCCGGUGA